AUGGGCUUCAAGUUAAUCAUGCUGAGGAUGAUGGGAAGAUACCUGACACUCAUUUUACUUUGUUCAGUUGUAAUACUCAUCGCAGCUGACCGUGUGAAUGUGAGGUUGGUUGGUGGUCACAGUCGCUGUGCUGGUAGAGUGGAGGUUCUUCAUAGAGGUCAGUGGGGAACAGUGUGUGAUGUUGCCUGGGAUUUGCCUGAUGCUGCAGUGGUGUGUAGAGAGCUGGACUGUGGAGAACCUGUAGAUGUUCUGGGUAAUGCACACUUUGGACAAGGAUCAGGACCAGUCUGGAUGGGUUUUGUCAGAUGUGUUGGUUCGGAAUCCACACUGAAGGACUGUGAAUCAGGAGGAUGGGACCGAAGUUACUGUGAUCAUGCUAAAGAUGCUGGAGUCAUCUGCUCAGAAGUCAGACUGGUUGGAGGUUCUCGCUGCUCUGGGAGGUUAGAGAUACUUCAUGAUCAGUCGUGGAUGUCAGUGUGUGACGCUGUCUUUGACCAGCAGGAUGCAGAGGUUGUGUGUAGAGAGCUGGACUGUGGGGCUCCUGUACAGGUGCUGGGAGCAGCUGCUUUUGACAAAGGAGACGCUCAGAUGUGGACACAAGAGAUUCAGUGCAGAGGAAAUGAAUCUCAGAUUCAUAUGUGUCAAACAUCUUUCAAAUUCACACCCAAAUAUAACUGUUCUCACAAAAGUAAUGUUGUACUGCUUUGUACAGAAAUAAUACAUGUGCGGUUGGUUAAUGGAAACAGUCCGUGCAGUGGGACAGUGGAGGUUCUUCAUAGAGGUCAGUGGGGAACAGUGUGUGAUGAUGGUUGGGAUUUGGCUGAUGCUGCAGUGGUGUGUAGAGAGCUGGACUGUGGAGAACCUGUAGAAGCUCUGGGUGAUGCUCAGGUUGGACUCGGAUCAGGACCAGUCUGGAUGAAUAAUGCAAUGUGUACUGGAUCUGAGUCCACAUUGAAAAAGUGUGGAUCUGUCAUAUGGGGUUUUCAAGGUGUGUGUCAGAGCAAGAGCGCAGGAGUCAUCUGCUCAGAAGUCAGGCUGGUUGGAGGUUCUCGCUGCUCUGGGAGGUUAGAGAUACUUCAUGAUCAGUCGUGGAUGUCAGUGUGUGACGCUGUCUUUGACCAGCAGGAUGCAGAGGUUGUGUGUAGAGAGCUGGACUGUGGGGCUCCUGUACAGGUGCUGGGAGCAGCUGCUUUUGACAAAGGAGACGCUCAGAUGUGGACACAAGAGAUUCAGUGCAGAGGAAAUGAAUCUCAGAUUCAUAUGUGUCAAACAUCUUUCAAAUUCACACCCAAAUAUAACUGUUCUCACAAAAGUAAUGUUGUACUGCUUUGUACAGAAAAAAUAAAUGUGCGGUUGUUUAAUGGUAACAGUCCGUGCAGUGGGACAGUGGAGGUUCUUCACAGAGGUCAGUGGGGAACAGUGUGUAAUGAUGGUUGGGAUUUGGCUGAUGCUGCAGUGGUGUGUAGAGAGCUGGACUGUGGAGAACCUGUAGAAGCUCUGGGUGAUGCUCAUUUUGGAUCAGGAUCAGGACCAAUCUGGAUGAAUAACGCAAUGUGUACUGGAUCUGAGUCCACACUGAAAAAGUGUGGAUCUGUCACAUGGGGUCUUCAAAGUGUGGGUCAGAGCAAGAGCGCAGGAGUCAUGUGCUCAGAAGUCAGACUGGUUGGAGGUUCUCGCUGCUCUGGGAGGUUAGAGAUACUUCAUGAUCAGUCGUGGAUGUCAGUGUGUGACGCUGUCUUUGACCAGCAGGAUGCAGAGGUUGUGUGUAGAGAGCUGGACUGUGGGGCUCCUGUACAGGUGCUGGGAGCAGCUGCUUUUGACAAAGGAGACGCUCAGAUGUGGACACAAGAGAUUCAGUGCAGAGGAGAUGAAUCUCAGAUUAAUCUUUGUCCAACAUCCCCAUCACACAAAUACAACUGUUCCCACAACAAUGAUACUGGAUUGAUGUGUGCAGACAGUGUGAAUGUGAGGUUGGUUGGUGGUGACAGUCGCUGUGCUGGUAGAGUGGAGGUUCUUCAUAGAGGUCAGUGGGGAACAGUGUGUGAUGGUGGUUGGGAUAUGGCUGAUGCUGCAGUGGUGUGUAGAGAGCUGGACUGUGGAGAACCUGUAGAUGCUGUGGGUGAUGCUUAUUUUGGACCAGGAUCAGGACCAAUCUGGACAAAUCGUAUGUCAUGUACUGGUUCAGAGACUACACUGAAGAACUGUGGAUCAGUUCAGUUGUAUGAUUAUGACUGUAAUCAUGAUACAGAUGCUGGAGUCAUCUGCUCAGGUGUCAGGCUGGUUGGAGGUUCUCGCUGCUCUGGGAGGUUAGAGAUACUUCAUGAUCAGUCGUGGAUGUCAGUGUGUGACGCUGCCUUUGACCAGCAGGAUGCAGAGGUUGUGUGUAGAGAGCUGGACUGUGGGGCUCCUGUACAGGUGCUGGGAGCAGCUGCUUUUGGCAAAGGAGACGCUCAGAUGUGGACACAAGAGAUUCAGUGCAGAGGAAAUGAGUCUCAUAUUCGAAUGUGUCCAGCAUCACAGAAACACAGCUGCUCUCAUGAUGAUCACCAGGCGCUUCUGUGUGCUGAUGUAAUGAAUGUGAGACUGGCAAAUGGUAACAGUCCUUGUGCUGGUAGAGUGGAGGUUCUUCACAGAGGUCAGUGGGGAACAGUGUGUCAUGAUAGCUGGGAUAUGGCUGAUGCUGCAGUGGUGUGUAGAGAGCUGGACUGUGGAGAACCUGUAGAUGCUCUGGGUCUUGCCUAUUUUGGUCAAGGAUCAGGACCAAUCUGGAUGAGUAUUUUAACAUGUUUAGGAACAGAGUCUACACUGAAGAACUGUGGGUCAGCAGGAUGGAAUAAACAUGUCUGCACUCAUAAUCAUGAUGCUGGUGUCAUAUGUUCAGGUCAUAAACGCUCCAGACUUGCUGAUGGGUCUCAUCUGUGCUCUGGGAGGUUAGAGAUACUUCAUGAUCAGUCGUGGAUGUCCAUGUGUGAUGCUGUCUUUGACCAGCAGGAUGCAGAGGUUGUGUGUAGAGAGCUGGACUGUGGGGCUCCUGUACAGGUGCUGGGAGCAGCUGCUUUUGACAAAGGAGACGCUCAGAUGUGGACACAAGAGAUUCAGUGCAGAGGAAAUGAAUCUCAUAUUUCAUUCUGUUCAGUAUCAUUACUCAAACACAACUGCACCUUUGACAACAUUGUGGGACUGAUAUGCUCUGGUUACACUGAUCUCAGACUGAUGAACGGUUCAGACUCUUGUUCUGGAAGAGUGGAGCUUCAGUUCCUCAAAGAGUGGGGCACAGUGUGUGAUGCAUGCUGGGAUAUGAGAGCUGCCAGUGUCCUCUGCAGACAGCUGAAUUGUGGGAUUGCUGUGUCUGUUGUGGGAUCAGACUGGUUUGGAGAAGGAAGUGGUGAAAUCUGGGCUGAUGUGUUUGAUUGUGACGGGAAUGAAACAAAACUCUCAGAAUGUUCCAUCUCUUCAUGGAGUCGAGCUGAAUGUUCUCAUAGACGAGAUGUUGGAGUCAUCUGCUCUGGUAAACUUUUUUGA